AUUUAGGCUACUGUCUAUUAGACUGUUCAUUCUUGCAUAUAAAACAUUAUGAUUUGUGCGUGUGUGUGCGUGCGUGUGCGUGUGUGUGUGCGUGUGUGCGUGUGCGUGUGUGUGUGUGCGUGUGUGUGCUAUUGGCCCUGGUGAAUUCAACUGAAGAAGCAAAACGUUUCUGUACCGUUUAACGCUUGCGAAUCAAUUCGGCCGAUUGAAUCACUUGAGAGAGUCGUUCAUAAAAAUGAUUCCUCGGUGAAAAAGCCCCCGCUCUGUAUUUUGCGCGUCAGAUGCGCACUUGAGAUCUUUCACUUCUCAUUUUUAUUAGCAGCACGUCGUUGUGGUGGUUUUUGCAGAGCCUGCGUGUGUGUGUGUGCGUGUGUGUGUGUUUGUGUGUGUGAGUGUGUGUGUGUAUGUGUGUGUGUUCCGGAUGAAAUGCGCUUUUUACGCGCUGAAAUGACGCUCGGUGCGAAAGCGGCUCGGUUAGAAACGGAUUCGCUGCCUUGACGCUUGCCUUUAAACUUUCCCAUGCUGGCCAUCUAAAACCCGGCGCACUCGGACUCGGACUCGGUCUCACACACCGGAACGGACACGUCCCGAUCCAAUGCGCGGUUCGUUUCUGCGCGUCCAGGCCCGCACGCCAACACGUUCACAUGGCCUCGAGAACAGUGCCUGUGGUGGGAAGCCGAGGAGCGGCGGGGUGCUGGAGGAGGAAGAGGAGGUGUCCGGAGCGGCCAGGCUCGGUGUGGCGCCGGUGUGUGAUGUGCGCCGGGAUCACACUGCUUCUCCUGCAGCCUGCAUCCGCCAGACACGAAGAAGAUGGAGAUCCUCUCCUGCAGUCACACUCUGCACCAGCAGAGACAGUGUCAAGCACCAGAGAGCAGGCUGUCUUCUCCUCCGUGCUGACAGUGAGGGCCAACUCGGACUCGCUGGUGCAAUACCCGGCCUCUCCUCACGCAAACACUUACAAUCUCACCAAUCACAAAAUCCAGGAGGAUCCGCCGUCUAAAGCUCCGCAACCUCCAACCAAGAGUGCGCUAAGCACCGGCUCAGAAGAGGCUCCUUCUAUGAACCCAGGCCUUCCCACGGCACCUGGUACCUCCAUCUUACCACUGGAGGAGACAGAACCUGCUCACACAGAUCAUGUGACCAGCUCAGUCUCCACCUCCACCUUGCUAUCCAAUAGUACAUCUCCAGGAACAGAAAAAGUUGGGAAAACCUCAAUCGAACACCCCAACCCUGACACUGUGACCAGUGACAGUCUCCAGCUCACCACGGUGACCACCACCAUGACCACACCAUCAACUGUGACUGACAUGACUGUGACUCCUCCCAGUACGAGUCCCAUGACCACAGAGGUUCUUACCACAAAAGCACCACCCACGACUACCACCGAAACUACAACGAUUGCGACGGAGCCUCCGACAACACCGACGACUACAACUACCACAACAACAACAACGACUACGACAACCACACCAACAACAACGACUACAACGACUCAAAGCUCCACUGUAGCUACAUCUAGAAGCACCACUACCAAGCAGAGCACCACCACUGAGAGCUCACCUCCAUCCUGCAACAUCACGGAGAGGCUGUUGGUCCGAACGGUUCUGUCUAUCCAGAUGAAGAGGAAUUAUCUGGAGAGUGGACUGAGGCAGAGCUUGGUGAAAGGCCUAACCCUGGCACUUCAGAAGGCCUUUAACGAUUCCAAGGUCCACAUCCAGCUGGAGCGUGAUGUGUGCACAACCUCCAAUGUCACUCUGGGAUAUUACGUCAUGAGUGAGAAGACAGUGUACAUGGCGAUGGCGGUGGUGGAGACUCUGACCUCCCAUGGCUUCGAUAAGCUCCUGAGUGACCUCAGACAGCAUGCACCUGUGGUGUUGGCCGUCCCGGUCCCCGUAGCUUCCUGGCAGUCCGCUCCAGGCAUCCACCUGCAGAUCAAAACGGUUCUCAGGUUUGUGAGUCCGACAGACAACAUCAAGUCAUGUGGAUUUAUCCAGAUCAUGGAGCAGCGCUUGGUAAACGUGUUCUCUGAAGCUCAGGAGAAAGUGGAAGACUCUUAUGGAAAUCUUUCAGUUGAGAUUCUAAACACCUAUCAGACAGGAAACUCUCUGGCCGUAUCGUUGGUGUAUGUGGUGUGGAACGGCAGUGUGGCGCUGAACGGCACCGUGGCGAGCGCGCUAAUUAACCAGCUGAGUGCGGAGCUGGUCGGAUAUUUCCUCUUCUUCCCCCCCAUGAUCAUCGCUGAGCCGCUCGAAUACCACAACCUAAAUACCUCAGUGGCCACCAGGGAAUACUGGGUAAUCACAGUAAUUCAGGAUGUUGACAGUUCCUCGCUGGAAGGCAGUUAUCAGAGCUUUGCUAGUCUGAUGGAGCAGCGUUUAGCUGAGCUCUUUCUUGUUGCUGGCCGGCACGGCGUCCGGAUCAAACGAGCCACCACCGUCGGUGGAUACACUGUACAGAUGGUUAGUAUCCGGCGCCUACCUGGUCCUAAGAACCCAGCCGAGAUGACCUACUACGUCCAAGUGGAUGGAGCUCCCAUAGCUGGCACAUCUGCAGCCAAAACCCUAAACAUGGUGGACUCUCAGACCAUGGCGCUUACAUUGGGCUACUUCGUCCAGGUUCAAGCCGAGCCCGUGGUGAAGAGUGUCCCCAGUAACCUCUGGAUCCUGGCUGUUCUGACACCAGUGUCUUUGGUGAUUGUCGUGAUUGUCAUGGCGGUCGCUAUUAUAUGCAGGAGGAAUCGCAACGUCUUCAAGAGCAGUGCAUUCCGUGGGUUCCACCCGCGCACCAAGACCUCAUAUCGGAGAGAUGGGAGUUACCACCAUCAGCCGGUGCAGGGUUUUGACUAUGCUAAGCAGCACAUGGGUCAGCAGGGUGAGGAGACGCUUGCUGUUACUAAAGAGACCCUCGUCCUGUCUCUCCCAGUACGCGACGCUCCGCUAACGCAGGACAAAGGCGUCCUACAGGACGGUACAGCCUCCAAAAGACCACAGUCUACAGAGAUACACCGCAGCAAAUUACCGAGUGAGGACGGCUCGGUUUCAAGCAACGGCUCGGCGAAGCUGAACACGGGCAGGAGCUCCUCGGCGCACAGAAACACAGGCCAGAAAGCCGCGAAGGAGGACACACAUGCGAGGACUGAGCAUUACGACUCUCUGACUGGCUCCCUGAGGCUCAUCAGCAUUAAGCCCAUGGCCGCUCCACUCAACUACUCAUACCCCGACUCCACAAAUCACAGCCAAGACUCUGUCAUGCUCAAUGGAGAGGUGAACAUGGGCCUGAAGCAGAAGUCCGAUAUAGAGCACUACAGGAACAAACUGCGUCAGAAGGCUAAGAGAAAAGGAUACAGUGAUGGGCCGACGAGCAGCGGAGGACACCGACACAGCCAUCGAGAGAGACUGAGACGUGAAAAUGCUUCUCUGGACCUUGAGGACACUCAGGGACCUGCGGAGGACAGAAAUCCGUCCACUUACGUCAAAUACCACAGGAGUGAGAGUCAGAGGGAGCCAGCGUACUGGAGCAGGCAGUCUCUGAACACGCCAAGUCCUGUGGAGACUGAGCUGGAUCUGCUGGUGAUGAGGGAACGCGCCAGGAGGGGCAUCCGCAACAGCGGCUAUGAUGCUGAACCAGAACCAUUUGAAGAGACAGACGUGGACCGCCUCAUGAGCUCUCUUGGUUUCGGAGGAAGUCACCACGUUAAAGGUCACUCGGACUCGUCCACUCUGAGCUCUCAGCCCUCCAUCGACGAGGUGCGGCAGCAGAUGCACCUCCUGCUGGAUAAUGCAUUUGGUUUGGCCUCGGCUGAGCCGUCUGGACGCAGCCACCACCAACACCACUCCCGGCACGGCCCCCAUCCUCCAUACCCCCCUCCUCAGAGCGGUCCCUACGUGGAUGGAGUGACCAGCGCCCCCGGCACCAUGGACCACCCAGCUGGAGCUUUGCAGCGCGGCCCAUCGUUUGAGCCUGACAUGCACCAGUGUAGCCUCCCCAAGCCUGUACGUCCUCACUGUCCACAUUUACACUUUCAAGGCUUCAGGUUCACGCAGCUGCCCGACAUGAGUUUGGGCUCACCGCCACCUCUUAUAUCAGCUCGAAGUGGCGCCCCACCUGGAGCAUCAGUACGGCGAUCAACACCAGACAUGAGUCUGAAGCCUCGUGUUUCUGAGGCAUCGGAGAUGAAUCAGCACAACGGCGCCCCCUAUUUGCCCAUGAACCGAGCUCCUUUCCCAGCUGUCACCGUCGAUCAGUCCAUGUCGAGCUACUCAGGAAACCCAAUGACAGCCGUUUAUGCCAUUUCAGCCAACCGGCCCGGCUACUCCGACUACUUUGUCUUGUCACCUCCGUCAUCAUACCGGAGCCCCUCAUGGAUGUCGUACCCUCCGGAGCCGGAUGACCUCCCACGCCAGUGGGGUGACACGAACCCAUGUCAUUUGGAGACGAUCUGCUGAGACGAAUGGGCUGACUGGACACAGCAAUGCUCCUGGGGUUUGUACAGUAGAUGAAAAUUUCCUGAUCCCCACAGCAGCCCAAACCUGUCCUGGCUCCGAGGCCUGCAGGGCCGCUCCAGCUGAGCAGGCCCAAAAUGCCAGAAAGGCCCAGAAGACCCGAAAGGCCCUGACCAGACACGACCAGGCCCGUUAAUCACUCCACCAUUCACCAGUGCUUUCAUGGGAGGCUCUUCUCUCAGCCUCCGCUUCUGACUCGGCACCACCAUGACCGACCGGCCCAGUGUCCAAACGUUUUCUUGAAACUUUUUCGAUCUCCUCACGGACAUGAAGCUGGUGGGGUUUUAUCUUUCUCUCUCUCUCUGUGUGUGUGUGUGUGUGUGUGUGUGUGUGUGUGUGUGUGUGUGUGUGUGUGUGUGUGUGCUUGAAACAUCAGCAUAUUCAAAAUAGAAAACAUUCUUUCGUCUCGAACGGACCUCUCUGUGUCUUUUGCUCUUAUUUUUACUGAGAGGCAGGCCUAUCGCAAGUGAUUCUUUCAUGCACUCUAUGUAUGGCUUACAUAAAAAUGACCUUGGUGUAAAAGAGACUGAAAAAUCUGAAACCGAAAAUGACUUGUUGUACUGUAUGUAAAUGUAGUCAUGACGUGAGUCUUUUUUCCCCCCAGCUGUUUAUGAAAUAGUGCAUUCGUUUGCUUCUCCUUUUGCUUCUAUUAUAAAAUGUCGAAUAACGUACAUUGGCUCAUGAGAAACUUGAAGAAAAUGUUGUCAUAGAUCGUGGAGUGUCACAGGACACAAAACAAUGAUCCCAAGCAUUUAGCAUUCAAUGUUAUAGAAAACCAGUAGUGGGUUAUUUUAGGGCUAGAAUUUUAUUUGAAUUUAUGUUCCUAUUUAGUAUAUCACUUUCAGUUUUACAGCAAAUAGAUAAACUAUCACCAAAACAACAUAUCUAUUUUA